AUGGAGGUUCUCAAUAUCAACACCGCUGACAAGCGUUCACCUCUACGGAAUCAGCCAUUGGAUGGAGGCCACGACAAGAGUCUUCGUGAUGCAACCGCUUCAAAGAACAACCCCGACGCUGACAGCGAGAAUGGUGCCAACGCUUCUCUACUCUUCAUUGGAACCGCCACCACGGUAUUGCAAUGGUCUAACCUCACUCUGAUGACCGACCCAAACUUUUUGCACGCUGGAGACCACGUACACCUGGGACCUGGUGUGACCGGCACUCGGAAAACGAAUCCUUAUGUCGAUCUGGAAGAGCUACCACCCAUUGACGUUGUCCUGCUCAGUCACUACCACGCAGAUCACUUCGAUCAGCAUGUUGAAGCUACACUGCGACGAGAUUUGCCCAUCAUUAGCACACCACACGCCAAGCAGCAUCUCUCCAACAAAGGCGACGGCGAAUCCUUCACUGCUGUGACCGCUCUGGAUGCAUGGGACAGUACAUUUAUGAGUAUUAAGCAAGGCGCGAAUGACCCGACAGGGGAAUUGUCGCCAUACAUCAAAGUAACCGGGAUGCCUGGGAAGCAUGUUCCGCCCGGUCCCCUCAACGUUGCAAAUGAGAUCUUAGGCGCCGUGCCACCAACAAAUGGUUGGCUCCUAGAGCUCGGCUACAAGCCAGACGCAUCGGAAGAAGCCGAAGGCUUCGACUGUGGGUAUCGAAUUUAUAUCAGCGGAGACACGCUGUUGAUCGAUGACCUAAAGAAAAUCCCAGAAAUGUAUACGCAUGCUGGAAAACCAAUCGACCUGAUGUUGAUCCAUCUGGGCGGUACUACGAUUCCAGGACCUAAUCUACCCUUGUUAAUGGUGACCAUGGAUGCAAAGCAAGGGAUCCAAUUGGUAAAGCUGAUCCAGCCCAAUGUCACGAUACCUAUUCAUUAUGACGAUUACGACGUUUUCUUAUCUCCCCUUUCAGACUUCAAGAAGGAAGUACAAUCAGCAGGCCUGGAAAAUAAGGUUGUGUACCUCGACCGAGGCGAGGAGUUCAGGUUCAAAGUCAGACAGCCUGUGCAGUGA